CGCGAGAUCGCGGCGCUGCCCAUAGCGCGGGUGGCGGCGGCGCCGCAGUCUCGCGAGAGCGCGGUCGCUGCGGCAGGAGCAGCACCGGGCGGGCGGGCGGCCGCCGCCACCCGCCGGGGACCGGAGGGGACGGGACGGGUCACGCCACGUGCUUUGCUAAAGCUCCCACGUUUUUCCCAAGUAUUUUUCCCGAGGAGCAGAGAGGCUGAGCGUGUGCCAGCAUGGCAGAAAAGGUGAACAACUUCCCUCCCCUGCCCAAGUUCAUCCCCCUGAAGCCAUGUUUCUACCAGGACUUCGAUGCGGAGAUCCCGCCGCAGCACCGGACCAUGGCCAAGCGGCUUUACUACCUCUGGAUGCUGAACAGCAUCACCUUGGCGGUGAAUCUCGUGGGCUGCCUCGCGUGGCUCAUUGGAGGCGGCGGAGCUGUAAAUUUUGGACUGGCAAUUCUCUGGCUCAUUCUCUUUACGCCCUGCUCCUAUGUCUGCUGGUUUAGACCUAUUUACAAAGCUUUCAAGACAGACAGUUCCUUCAGCUUCAUGGCCUUCUUCUUCACCUUCAUGGCCCAGCUGGUGAUCAGCAUUAUCCAGGCAGUGGGGAUCCCUGGAUGGGGGGUCUGCGGCUGGAUUGCAGCAAUUUCCUUCUUUGGGACCAACGUGGGCUCGGCUGUGGUGAUGCUGAUCCCCACCGUGCUCUUCACAGCCAUGGCAGUCUUCUCCUUCAUUGCUCUCACCAUGGUGCACAAGUUUUACCGGGGCAGCGGCGGGAGCUUCAGCAAAGCGCAGGAGGAGUGGACCACGGGGGCCUGGAAGAAUCCCCACGUGCAGCAGGCGGCCCAGAACGCGGCCAUGGGGGCGGCGCAGGGCGCCAUGAUGCAGCACGAGACGCAGUACUCGGCCACCCCCAACUACACCUACUCCAACGAGAUGUGAGCAGCAGCGGGACUCUGUCCUCAGGAGGAAGAGCUGGGGGGGGAAAGGGAGGAGGAAGCCUGAGCUGAGUUUCUGCAGCUGUCUCAGAAAGUCAGAGUGUACCAUAACGGUGGUUCUUUUCCCGUCUUUGUAACGAGAUCCUUUGGGAUUUUUUUCUUUCCUUUUUUUUUUUUUUUUCCUGUUUUUCUUGUCUUGAGCUCUUCUUUUCUCUUUUCUUUUUCAUUCUGAAGAGGCCGUGAGUUGACCUGCAGGGCUCUUGUUGUGCGUGGUAGUCGGUGUCCGUUCACGUGUCUUCUUUUUCCCUGUGGAAUAGUGUACGGUGGUGGUUUUUUAAUUACUGUGGUGAUAGGUGUACGUUAGAACCUCAUCAGCCAAAAGCCCCCCCCCAUGCCCCCAAAAAGGGAAAAAGAGCAACCAGCACCCAUCUUCCCUCUUGGAAUAAGCCCCGAACCUCGGGUUUUUGACGUGUGUGAGUUUUCUCUUUCAGUUGGUAGCGUCCAGCCACUUGCCACUGUCUCAGCAAGGGCAAGCAAUCCUGGGAAUUCUCCUUUUUUCUUUUGCUUUUUAACUAGCAGGUGGCUGGCUGAUUUAGGAUUUAAAAAAAAGAAAAAAAGGGAAAAAAAAUAUAAGAAACCCUCAAUCCUGCUGUUGAUAUGCUGGAAGCCAAGAGAUUCCUAAUCUACACCCUGGCUCAGGAUCUACAACUUCUGUCAGUGUGUGGUGUUGUGAGUAGUUUACACUUCGACGUGAAGGACCAGUGUGUGUGUGCACGCGUGUGUGUGUGUGUUGGGGAGCAAGGACAGGUUUUCCCUGUGGGAUACAACCAUCCCAUUCCAGAUUCUGCAUCCUGAGUCUGUUUAUUUUAAAGGCUUCUGUUCUGAAAAGCAGCUGUAAAAGCGACAAGAGCGUUCCUCAGAGGACCUACGCUUGGGCAAGGCUGCGGGUCAAAUCUUGCCACCCCGUAUCCCAGCACAUCCAAGCAGUCUCCCUGCUCAUGGAAAUAGCCAGGCCAAGAUUUGUCCCCGUUAGCUUUGGAGGUUUGUGCUCAUUUAAGUCUCUUAAGGAAAUCUCCAGGCUGGAGGGAAGGACUCCUGCUCACUUGUGCUCCUGAAAAGCGUGGUGAGAUGUGGCCCUGUGUUUUCCUGGUGCAGAAAUCCCCGUCAGGCCUGAAUCCCUGCCAUAUUUGGGGAUGUAGGAUGUUAAAUAACGAUCCUGCACCCUAGCAGGAGGCAGCUGAGCUCACACCAACACUUCUUGGGGAAGGUGACUGGCACAUCCUGGAAAAGGUUAUGAGUGGGAGCAUAAAUGGGAUGGAUGCUGCAGGGCAGGAGUAGGGAAAGUACUUCUCUGAGAUGCUUUUCAACUCUAAAUGCACUUUAAAUAAGCCAAAUUUUUCUCCAAGUCCUCGAAAAGCAGCCCAAACAGAAUCCAAUCCAGCCCUGUGGCUCCAGGAUCUCCUGCCUGGCACAGGGAAGGAGCUCAGUGUGCCACCAGCCAGGACUGUGCGAGUCCCCAGCCCCGUGUCUGUCCCCUCCAGCCCUCCAGUGAUGCUUGGAUGUGACCCCUACCCCUGAGAAUCACCCCAAAAAGGACCUUCUCUUCUCCAGCAAAGCACACCAAGACUAGUUUCCUUUUUAAGGGUGUCACUCCAGUCAUUCUGCAAUAGGCAGUCGUCUCUUGACCAGACUAAAAUGCAGCUACUGAUAAAAUGCCUGUCUCCGUGUGUGUGUGUGUGUGUGUGUAUAUAUUUAUGUAUAAAAUGUCAGGAGAAAAGUAAUCCUUUGCUAAGCCUAUUAUGUACUUAAUCAGGUUUAAAUAUUGUGCAAUCCAUUUCUAGCUCGCCUAAAACUUACUCUGCCAAACCACGUGCUCUGUCAUCCGUGUCUGAGAAAUGAUGGAUUAAGUGACUUCACCUCUUGCAUUGACAAUAAGAUGCAUCAAUAAUAACUGUAACGAGCUGUAACUAACAGACAUUGCUUCAGCACCUAACCCUC